AUGACGAAGGGUACCUCCAGUUUCGGAAAGCGCCACAACAAGACGCACACGCUCUGCAGGCGUUGCGGUCGCCGAUCCCUUCACAUCCAGAAGCACACCUGCGCCUCAUGCGGCUACCCUGCUGCUAAGACCCGCAAGUUCAACUGGGGCGAGAAGGCCAAGCGAAGGAAGACCACCGGUACCGGCCGCAUGCGAUACCUCAAGACCGUCAACCGCAAGUUCAGCAACGGAUUCCAAACCGGUACCCCCAAGGGCGCCAAGGGCCCCACCGUCAACUCCUCGUAA